AUGUACAGGUGUGUCUCUACUGAAAGCAAGGUUAUGGCUGACUAUCGAAAACUCCCACCCACAGGACCAAGGCAAUUGACCUCUGAGAUGCAAACCACGCUGGAUGUUGUUGAUAAACCAGCUAAGAGGGGGAAGAAACCAGACUCAAAGAAGCACGAGAAAGUAGGCCGAUCUUCCCAAGAUGCCACGCCCAAAAAGCGUAAAACUGAACAAGCAACUCCUUUUGAAACCAAGAAGCAAAAGGUUAAAAAGAUGGCGAAUAAACCGAAGGCAGCUUCGCCUAGUGAUUCGGACUACGUUCCUUCUUAUCAUGAUCAAGAGAAAUCAGACGAAGUCGAAGAUGCACAUCUUGAAGGAUCACCAAGGGGAAAUACGCCUCCACGUUCUCCACCUAAUGAGGUACCACUUAAUGAUUCUGUUCCAAAUCCUCCUCCUUCUCCAUCUCAUACUACAGUGUCUGUCUCUAUUGCACCACUUCCACCACCUGUUUCUUCUCAAUAUACAACCACUGCCCUCUCCCUCCACCAAUCUUCACUCAAGUAUCUUCAACAACAACCAUACCCGACCCUUCGGUUCGUGUCAACGUAUCUGAUACGGGGGCACCUACCUUAG